AUGGCAGCGCCUACCACCGGAUGGUUUCGAUGUCGGAUCAUAUUUGCCAUUAUAGGUGUGAUUGUUGGUUUAUCAGUCUUCAUUGUGUUCGCCACAAAGUUUUACAACUGGAACACAGCCUUGUGGGGACUAUUGUCUGGUGUUGGUGCACUUAUCACACUGAUUGUUCACCUGCUGUACAGAAAGGGAGUGUGGCAGACAUACUCAUACAGACUCCGUUAUUACAUGCUGUUGGGAUGCUUCCUGCAAUUAGCUGGUGUUUGUGGCUUUGUAACUUACCUCUCAUUAGGUAUUGUACAGAAACAAGUGUUGACACCGUACGGUAAUGGCUUUUACUUGACCUGCGUCUGGUGCUUCAUGACGUGGAAGUGGGGGUUUUCUCUUUUCUAUUACUCACGCUCAUACAAACAAGAAUUCUCUGAUGUCUACACGAUUGUGGCAAAAGAAGACAGUGUGUAUGAAUCUGAUCCUCUCAUCUCAGAUUGAUUAUCCUGCAUGAUUCUGGCAGCCUUGGGUCUGUAGUCAGCAACUUUGAGGUGAACUUCCUAUAUGGUUUUAUGUGAAAAUGAAAGGAGAUGGUCUGCAAAUAUGCUGCCACACUGUGACAUGUAUAUUUAAUAACCUGUGAGAAAAAAACAGAGAGCCUGCUGAAUCUGCUGAAAUAAAGUCUUAUUUUUGAUUAUAUUUUUUUAUUGGUUAGCAGGAAUCUGGACAUCAAGUUGUGAUACAUGUUCCACACAAGGGUUAACUUCUACCCAUUGUACAGUAAGACAAUUCCAAACAUUAUGUGGGUGUAGGAGCAAUGAAAGAUAAUUAGUACAUAACUACUAUGUAAUUAUGCCUGAAUACUGUGAUUGUUAAUUAAGUAUCUGAAAGUGAUAUUCUUUGUUUUUCAUUGGUUUCAUUAUGAUUUCAUGACAUUAUGAAAGAUUUUAUUGUGAUGGCUGUAUAAAGGAUGUCACACACAUUGUCAGUGACCUGUUGUACCUACAUGUGCUGUACAUGUUACCUGUGCAUUGAUUUAGAAUGCUUUCUUGGACAUUUUCAAAAGAAAUUUAAGUAAAGGAAGAUAGUAUACUAUGUUCUGGUAUAAAGGUAAAAGUUUGUUGUUAGUGUGCUGGAUUAGCUAAAUUUUGUAUUUUUGUUACAAAUUCUUAAUUUGUGCCUCCUGGAAGAAUUGUUUUCCAUAAAUUCCUCAAAAAAACUUGUAAUAGGCAGAAGGAAAAAGUGUUUCUGAAAUUUGAAGAAAAUCUCCAUGUGUUAUCUUUCCAAACCACUUUGCCACCUGAACUUUUAACUGACAACCCAGAAUUUACAUAUUCAUGAAAAUCUAAAAUAUAGCACUAAAAUGUGUUCAUUUACUUCUAUACGACCUGUGACAUACAAUCAUAUAUGCCAUUGAUAGCCAUGAAAUACUUUGAUAGGUCUAUGAUAUCACAACUAGAUGUGAGACACAGUAUGUGUUAUAUGAGCAUAAAAAUGGACACAUCAUGCCCAAAUGGACACUUUAUUAUCAUUUAUGACAACUGCGACCUGAAUACUGUCUAUUAUGGAUUGUAAGAUCUGGGAAUGAGGUAGAUGGAUCCCAGGUAAGACAUUCCACUUUAACUUUCUACGUUUGAACGUAACCAUUAGUAAAGCUAUGAGUGAAAAACGAAUGAAUGCUGCAUUCUGGGUGAUUGUUUGAACACUGAUAACAAUCUUAAAUACCACAUAACAAGUUUAUGUUCUCACAUGUGCCUCGAAAACUAAUGGAGUAAACCACCAAGGAGCACAGGCUAGAUAUUAAUUGAUUAUUGAAGACUGAGUGAUAAUUUUGAGAUCCUCUGCAAUUUCUGCAGCAUACUGCGAAGUCUAGCUACCUAUAGGACAGUGAUAUUUCUGUAAAUGUGGUAAAUUAUUUGGAUAUUCUUUGUAUAUAUCAUAUACAUCUGUGAUCCGUUAUUGUUGCUAGGUACUUGUAACAUUGUGUAUGAUAGAAUUUGUUUUUGAUUUUUACUACAUUAGCCUUGACAAUAUGGUUUGAUAUUUUUUUAAAACAGUGUUGCGAUCAACAAGUUUCCAGUGUAUAGAGAUUCAUACUUUAUGGUUCCUUAUACCUGGAACUGACUUCUGUAUUGUUACACUGUUACAGUGUAUUAUACAGGUUAUAUAUAAUGUUAUUAUAUGUUUUGAAAAUACUUUUACAUAUUGCAUGAGCAUUUUUUUUCUGUAUUAGUUUGUUCAGUUGGAUUGAGCCAAAAUUGUGUGUAAAUAGUGGAGUAAUUCAUAGUACUUGUCAUCUGUUGUAAUGUAUAAUGUUACCAUAGUGGCCCAUUUGUCUUGCAGCACUGUCAGUGGAUCUGUGAAUGGUGAGGUACCAGGUUCAAAUCCAUCUGUUGCAGGCUCAGCUGUGGUUUUGAGUCCAUACAUUUAUUGGAGGCACUCCAGAUUUCUCUACCCAUAUGUAAAAAAUUUCUGAGAGUUGACAUCAAACCCCUAUGUGAUAAAUUAAUAAAUAAUAAUACAUAAAACAGGUUUUAUUGAGUUUAAUAUUACGUCAACUGUGGACAGUGGUUAUGUCAGUCAAAUGAGAGAAUUGAUAUACAGCGUCAUGACCCUUAAGGCAUGCCAGUGCCUGAGACAAAUUUGCUAGUCAUUCAACAAUGUCAUGAAAUCUCUCUUUGUAUCCUCCUUUCAAGUGUCACAUCAAAGAGCAGAAAUUUAGCAAUGUGUUUUUUUACCUUUAUCUUUUAAUGUGACUUGUGUUGUAUUAAGUAUGUAGAAUCGUCUUAUAUCACUGAUAAUGAUAUUCAUAUCAAGAUGGUAUUUUGUGUAGUUAAAAGACGCAAGAUAUUGUGCUUUGAUUCAGUUUGUUUGAAUAUCAGUAGGAAUAUAUUGAAACAGAUUUCAUUGUGCAAGGUUGACUCAUUUGUACUGCUGCAUGUACAUAUAUUAUCUGACUAUAUAGUUACAGGCAGAAUUUUAAGCCAGUCUCUGAUGCCCUUGAACAAGAGGCUGGUAACGGUGUAUAUCUGGACUCCACAUACGUGAAUGGCAGAAAUUGUUUUGUGAGCGGGAUGUCACUUAGUAAGAUGCACGAGGUGCGAGUUCAGUCCCUACAUUGAAGUGAGAAUUUGAAAAAUUCCCUUCUUAGUCUUCAUAAGAGCCCUGGAGACGAUAAGUGAACAAUGACUAUGGUGUGAACUUUGGUGUAGUUCAGUGUUUGUUGAAGACCUCCUGCAAUACAUCAGUAUGGCAUGGAAAAGUCUGUCAGUAACUUGCCAAAGGUUGGUGUUGUGCACUCAUAUAAAAGCCUGUCAUCACAUAAUUGAAAAUGAUCUUGAACAGAAAUCAAUCAGAAAUCAUUUUCUGUAGUAUCACAGUGUUUCUCAACUACAGAUACCUGGAAAUUGUAUAUUUUCUCAUCUUGGUAAUCUUUACCUUCAUAUGAGAGACAAACAUUACUUAUGUCAUUUUUAUAUUAAGUACUUGAAAAUGACGUGUAUACCAGGCAAAAUGUUAUUCUGUGUACAAAUUUUUAUGAAGAUGAUUCUAUUUUCUCAUUCUCUUGCAAAUAACACCAGUGGCCACAGUUUUAUUAGUUUCAUUGAAAUUGUAAUGGAAGACUCAAAUUGGGCUGUUAUAAAUACAUGUACAGCACUACAUGUAUUGAAAAGUAACGUGAAAUUAUGUGUGUACUCUGGCAUUGGAAUAAUUACCUGUGCGAAUUUUUAGACAUUUGUGUGCCAUGCAGAAAGGCUAAACAUAUGUAUUUGGUUGUUCACUUUAUAUAUUUUGCAGUAUAUCGUUUAAAUAAUAAAUGUACUUUCAAAACGAAACAUGCUUAGAAUUAUUGUUGAUGCAUGUACCUAGUACCAGAAUGACUCGAUUAUUUUUGAUAUUCCUCCUGAUGUAAUCAGGCAUAACUUUUCCUGUUGAUAUAGAUUUAAUGAUUAAAUGUGAUCAAAAUGGAUUAGUUUCACUUUUACAGAUAGUAGUAGUACCAGUUAGUUAGGGUACGCCAGUAGGCUACAUUAAACGAUAGUGCAAAUGCCAUCAGGCAGUUAACCUUAUGACUAAACCUUGGUGUUUUACCAAUGGGAGGAAACCGAGCAGAGCUCUGGGGAAACCCGCUUCCAUCUGCAGGCAGACCCUGCCACUGAAGACCUCAGAGGAAACCAACAUGAGCUGGACUUGAACCCCUAGCGACUGCAUUGUUGAGAGGCUUCCAAGUCCUUUCGCCAUGUUGUCACAUUAACCACACGACCCUGGAGGCCCUCAGCUUACUUGUUGCUGUUUUAUGUAGUUAUGUUUUUGAACCUAUCCAUACAUGUAUGCAUUCUGUAUUGUUUGUUAUUUGGAUUGCUGUGUGGUUGUUGAUUUUAAAACUCAAAAGAGGUCAAUUAAACAUUUGAUGUCAUUUCAAGAUUUUUCUACAUUGUACACUGUAACAAACUAUUCAAGUUUUAAGAUGUAGGCACAUUGAGGUUGGCUUUACCCACCUUGCCUGAAGUGUGUUAUGGAAAGGAAAACAAUUUUUCUAACAUUUUAUGAUUGAUUUUGCUAUUGUCCAAUUUUUUUUUUUGUCCAAGCCAUUUUGUAGGACAACUUGAAUGAAAUAAUGUACCCCCUGUAUAUGGCAGACAUUAGUCAUGGUUAAAGUGGUUAGAUAGACCAUGGCUCUCGCCAAAUUCUAAUUAAGGUUAGUGAUUGACACCUUCUUUCUUUGAUGUUAUUGUGUAUAUGAAUGUCACGUUGUUUUAACCUUUUCUUAUCAAUGGGUAUUAAAUACAUGAAUUUUACAACAACGUUGUGUGUUCACAGAUCUCUUGGGACUAGGAUGAGUAAGGUAUACCUUACUAUACGCCAGCUGCCAUUAAGGUGGUCAUGUUAUGUUAUAGGGAUUUUGGCCUUUUGUUUGUCCGUCUGUAUUCAUGUCCGGGCCAUCUCUCCAAUUGUUUUCCAUGUGCAGUUUUAAUAUUUCGUGGAUACAUAGAUGCUGAGGUGAUAAUGUGUCACAACUCACAUUCAUCCAAUUCCAUGGCUGUUAUGGUAACCAAACCAGCAUUUUCUGUUGAUAUACCAUGUAGAUUUGAUUUCGGUUUCUGCAGUUGCCAUGGUAACCAAAUCAUCAUUUUCUGUAGAUAUACUAUGUAGAUUUGAUUUCCGUUUCUGCAGUUGCCAUGGUAAACCAGAUUGCUAUUUCAUUGAUAUCUUCCAUAUAGUUAGACAUGAACUUCUUGUUGGGACUACAACUCCAAUUGCUUUGCAUACUCAAUUUUAAUUCUUGGUGGAUACUUAGAGGUGGCAAUGU